ACACACACACACACAUACACACAUAGACACAGCCAGAGGCUGAAAGAACCAUGUCAGGACAUGGGACGGACCAGGACUCGAGGUGCACACACACAUACCUUCCAGGACAGUGAGGAACCAGCAGGAUGAAGACGGUGGCUGAAGACAUCAGAGCGGGACAGGCUGAGGGGUGGGUGAUGAAGACGGAGAGACAGACAGACAAAGAUGUGUGACUGAGCUGCUGUCAGAGAAGUUUGAAGGAGUGCUGCUCUCAUGGCGGGACCGACCCCACAGGAGCCCUUGAAGACCCAGCAGAAGUGCAUCGCCAUCUUUGCCCUGCUUUGCUGCUUUGCUGUGCUGGUGGCGCUGAUCUUCUCAUCUGUGAACAUUUGGGGGGACGAUGAGGACGGUAUCACAGAGGAAAACUGUAGCAGGGACUGCCGCAUUGCGCUGGUGGAGAAUAUUCCAGACGACCUCUCUCUCCCCAUGGAUGGCGGACUGCACCUCCCUCUCUCUGUUGGCUUUCAUACAUUGUUGGACCAGGCAAAGCACUCAGUUGAGGUGGUGUCACCUGUCUGGAACUUAAACCCCUGGGACCAGGAAACAACGCCAAGCACUGCCAAACAGGGUCAGCUGUUGUUCCAGAGACUGCUCAGCCUGAAAUCUCGUGGGGUUAAACUGAAGAUUGCCAGCAGUCUAACUAACUCCGCCGAACUGAAGACCUUGGCAGCGCACAACGCAGAGGUUCAUUUUGUUAACAUGACAGCAUUUACCAGAGGAGGACUACAUUCCUCAUUCUGGAUAGUGGAUCGGAGGCACAUUUACAUCGGGAGCGCCGACAUGGAUUGGAGGUCACUCUCCAAGAGGAAAGAACUGGGGGUGGUGGUGUACAACUGCAGCUGUCUGGCUCUGGACCUCCACCGAAUCUUUUCAUUUUACUGGCAGCUCCAUGAGAGGGACUACAUCCCCUCCAUCUGGUCGAAGAGAGUUACAGCCCUCUACGGGAGGCACGACGCCCUGGAGCUACAACUCAAUGCCACCAAGGCCACUGCUUAUGUGUCUACCUCGCCUGAACUCUUCUGCGCUAAAGAUCGCACCAGAGAUGUAGAUGCCAUCUAUCAAGUCAUCCAAAGUGCAAAGACAUUUAUCUUUAUAUCUGUGACGGACUACCUCCCUCUGGUGAGCAGGAGUUUCAGAGGAACCUCGGUCACAAGGUACUGGUCACCUAUAGAUGAGAUGAUCAGAGAGGCUGUGGUACUGAGAGGAGUCAGAGUGCGCCUGCUGAUAAGCUUCUGGAAGAAGACUCACCCUCUUACCUUUAACUUUGUCACCUCCCUCCAGUCUCUCUGCAUGCAGCUGCACAACUGCUCUUUGGAGGUGAGGUUUUUUAGUCACAAAGAGCAAGGGGAUGAUAUUCAACAUGGGCUCAACCACAACAAGUACAUGGUGACCGACAACGCUGUCUACAUUGGUAACCAUGACUGGGUCGGGAGUGACUUUGCCAUCAAUACAGGAGUUGGGCUGGUGAUCAGGAUGAAAGAUAGUCUUAAAGACGGGGGAGUGACAAUCCUGGAGCACGUCAAGGUUGCUUUUGAGAGAGACUGGCGGUCACGUUAUGCUAAGAGCCUGCAAGGAAACAAAGAUCAACAGGGCAAAUACAGACACCUGCAACAAGCAAAAAUCCACCUGGAUUCUAAGGAGGAAAACGAGUGGAAAAACCCUUUAUCUUUAUAAGCACAGAAUGUCUUUCUAUAGCCUAACGCCUCUGAAUACUCUAGAUUUUACAGUAUGCGAAUGUGACUUAACCUAACUUUAAUUACAGUCAGCAAAGACAAUGUUGAGAUAAUAAUCUGACUCAUUACAGUUGCAAGUGACAGUGUCAGUAUCUAACUACUUAAUCAAACGUUGACUGUUAUAUGAGCAUGCUAUGCUGCAUGAAUAUUGAAAGCAAUAUUCAGACUCAAACUAUAUACUGGGACAAGCAAUAUGCCGAUUAUAAAAUCAAUAUGCUCUAUAUGAAACUUAUUUAAAUCCAUAAACACAUCUCAUCAAACUCACCAAAACAAAUCACAUUUAGUAUUUAAAUAACGAUGCUCUAUUUUUGUUGACAGUUCUCACUUGUAUUUUAUAAACUUUUUAAUACAUUUUUUGCCUAGUGUUUUAUGCUGUAUUUUCCUCAAUAGUGAUGAAUUCAGUUUCUUGAAUGCACAAGCUCAUGCAGUAGUUUGACAGAUGUAACGACAGCUGUUCAUCAUCUCAUUGAAA